AUGCCUUACCUGGCUGAAGAACACUACCCGAUCCCGACAAUAGACUUGUUGACAUGGAUGUUCGACCACCACGCUCCAUAUGACGAAGAUAAACCGAUCUAUAUUGAUGCCGCAAAUCCUUCCCGAUCCAUAUCGUGUCAACAGGCCAGAAGUAUCGUCCGCAGACUCGCGGCCGGAUUCAAGAAAGCAGGAUUAAAGAAAUCGGAUUGUGUCUGUUUAAUGGCAUUUAAUGAUAUCUGUUAUUCGAUGGCUUUCUUGGGGAUCAUAGCAGCAGGAGGGGUUUUCACCGGGGUGAAUCCCUCAUACACCGUGUUCGAGCUGAUCCAUGCCAUUCGUACCGCGGACAUAACGUACCUUAUCGUCGAGCCCGAUCUCGUGCCCAAAGUCCUCCGUGCGGCGAAAGAAUGCUCAAUACCUGCAUCCAACAUAUUUGCAUUCGAUAUCCUGGGACAGGCGAAUCCCCAAGGUUUGGCAGUGAAGAGUUGGGAUGUCUUGCAGGUUGAGGGUGAAGAGAUAGAUUGGGAAAGAUUCGACGAGCAGAAACAGAGUGAGGAGACGGUAGUUGCCCGACUGUUUAGCAGCGGAACGACAGGAUUGCCCAAGGCCCUGGAUAUAUCGGUCUGGAAUUUUAUUUCACAACAUACUUUGGUGAUGGAAGUCAGGCCUCGACCGUACGAGGUCCGUCGGCUUCUCUCUAACCCCUUGUUCCACGUGUCUCAGGUACCUCGCGCUCACACCAGCGCGAUCAAAUCCGGCGCCGCGACAUUCGUAAUGCGUCGCUUUGAACUCGAACCGUGGCUAUCAAAUAUUGCAAAGUAUAACAUCACCGAAGUGAACAUAGUUCCCAUGAUGGUCAUUAGCUUGCUCUCCUCAGGUCUCCUGGACUCAGGAAAGUACUCUCUGAAGACACUUCGCAAUGCUUGGGCGGGGUCUGCGCCUCUUGACAAGGGUGUGCAAGCCCGAUUUAAAGAAUAUCUGCGUCCAGACACUCCUUUCAAUCAAGCCUGGGGAAUGAGUGAGACAACGUGUCUUGCCACGAUGUUCUACUUUCCAGAGCAAGAUUUUACCGGGAGUGUGGGGAGAUUCAUACCGAAUUGUGACGCAAAGAUCGUUGAUGAGGAGGGAAAUGAUAUCAGCGGGAUAAAAGGCACAAACGGACUUGAUGUUCGAGGUGAAUUAUGCGUCCGGGGUCCCAUUAUCGUGAAGGGGUAUUACCGGAAUGAUGAAGCUAAUCAACGAGACUGGGAUGAGGAUGGAUACUUUCACACAGGAGAUAUUGCUUACUGUGAUUCGAAGACGAGGAAAUGGUAUAUUGUUGAUCGGAAGAAGGAGCUCAUCAAGGUUCGUGGCUUCCAAGUCGCGCCCACAGAACUUGAAGGUGUACUCCUUCUGCAUCCUAACAUUGUGGAUUGCGCAGUUGUGGGCGUGCAUUGUUCAGUCGACAAAUCUGAGCUCCCUCGAGCAUAUAUUGUCGUGAAGCCUGGCACCGUAUUGACCGAGGCGGAGGUCAGAGAGUUCACGAGAGACAAGUUAGCACGAUACAAGCAACUCGAUGGUGGAAUCAGAUUUGUAGACAAAGUGCCCAGGAACGCAAAUGGGAAGAUUCAAAAGACUGAGUUGAGGCAAAUGGUGAAACAGGAGAUGAGUGCAAGGCUGUAA